UCACUUAAUUCGAUAUUAUCGCCGUUGCCUUUGUCGUUGCCGUUGCCGUUGCCGUUGCCAUACUAUUUCUAUGCUCUAUUCAUUGUCAGACUCGGUCAUGACGAGGCUGACACUCAAUAUUCUAUAGGAUCAACAGCUGUCUUCACACUUUCGUUCAGUUGUGAAGAGACUAGCCAGGGAACAGAUAACAUCUAAACAUUGGACGGAGUAAUAUUCGCCGAGACAGUAUGUCGCAGCAGUACUACGGAGACUCGCAAUGGCCCGGAACGGGGCCGUCGCAGUCGACUUGGGAUCAUCAGACCCCUCCGCCACCCCCGGCGCGAUCUGGUACCAACUCUACAAACCCACCUCAAGUCGAAUCGAUCGCUUUCUCUUACCAAAUUGAGGAGGUUGAACGAGCCAUCGAUAACCUAAUCAAGAGCGGGAAGAUGUACGGUCAGCAGGGUCGACAUGGUCGAGUUGCAUCUGGGCAUGGUCCGCGACCGCAUUCCUUGGAGUUUGGCGACCCGCGCGCCGGCCAUCCUGGCCCCAACCUGCAGAACUUCUAUGCUGCGCAACGACAUCAGCCUUCGCGCGGCUCCAACGAGGCGGAGCAGAUGAUGCAGGCCAAGCGGAGGAUGGCGGCUCAACGGGAGCGUGAUCUUCGCAACUAUCAUCAAGAGCAGCAAUAUAACCGAAAUGCUCUUGCUGAUGUGCCUUACAACAACAAACCUGAACGCGCUCUGAGCCCUGGCAGUAUGUCCGAAGACGAACGCCGCGACUUAAUCGCCCGCCAGCGUAGCGCGCUUUUCGGUGGCGACGGUAAUUAUUCGGACGAGUCUAGCGUCGGUCGACCUGGAGUCGGGGUCUCUAGUCUGCCAACGGGUACUUCGGGUCACCGCGGUCCUUCUCCCAUGGCCUACGACUUCGGACGAUCAAAUGCGCCCAAUGCCCCUGAAGGCGCAUCGCACUCUGCCGACACUCAGGGUCUAUCACGUGCUAAUAGUAACGCCAGUCCCCAGUCGAACCCCCCGACUAACAUUGGCAUUUUUGAUAGUGCUGUCGGCCAGCAGGCUAGUCGCACCAGCAACUCGUCUCCGACUGGUGGAUCCCCUCCCCGAAUGGGAGGAGCCUCUAAGUCAAUUCAAGGUGGAAGCGCGGUCGCUCCUAUUGGUACGCGCCCAUCAGCAACUUCGCAGGCACCCAACCCUGCGCUAAACAAACGCUCAACUACCCCUCUACCGUCGCCUUUAAGCCACGGAUUUUCUGCUUCGGGUAACGGCGACGAUUCGGCCCAGGGCGUUUCGACCACCGGGGCUCCUUCUAACCCGCCUAGUGCCGCUGCAGACGGAUACAACGGAUGGGGCGGCCGUUCAGGUGUUUGGGGGAAUAAGUCGAACUUAGGAGUUCAGGCGAGCGUUUGGGGUUAGGAACCAAAGCCACGCUCGCGAGGCCCGAACAGAUACCUACCCUUUGAUGAUUGAGCUAUUAGGGGCUUGUUUUAAAAUGGAUGGCCGAUGCUGGAAAGGCGCAGGAGAAAUCUCAUGAUGAUUGAAUCAGCACAAAAAUCGGUGUUCAGGUUGGUUGGGUUAGGCGAGGGAUGCGUAUAUCCAGCAUGAG